AUGGUUUCGGAAAAUAUCACGCAGCUGCUGGUGGACGCGGCUAGUCGUGUAAAUCUGUCCGCCUACAGUACGGCGGCCGGACCGACGAUGUCCCACGAGGAGGAGGUACAGACGGCCAUGGUGGUGUCGCUAAUCGUGGCCAUAUUUUUCGGAUUCAUCGGCAUCACCGGACUGCUCGGCAAUGGGCUGGUUGUGCUCGUCGUACUGUCUAAUCCACAAAUGCGUUCGACUACUAAUCUGCUGAUCAUCAAUCUGGCGAUCGCGGACCUGCUGUUUGUAGUGUUCUGCAUCCCUUUUACCGCCACCGAUUACGUACUUUCCUCGUGGCCGUUCGGUGAUCUGUGGUGCAAGAGUGUACAGUAUCUGAUCGUUGUGACGGCGCACGCUAGUAUCUACACACUAGUGCUGAUGUCGUUGGAUCGCUUUCUGGCCGUGGUGCACCCGAUCGCCAGCAUGGUCAUCCGGACGGAACGGAACACAGUCCUAGCGAUCACGGUGCUGUGGAUUGUCAUCAUCACCACCGCCCUUCCGGUUGCAUUCGCUCACGGUGUUAGUCUGUACAAAGAGCAAAAUAUCGAAAUAGAGAAGUGCGGUUUUCUGGAAAACGACAACUUUUCCUGGGCAGCAUUCCAUAUCGCGUUCUUCCUCAGCUCGUACGUCGUGCCACUGAUACUGAUAAGUGUACUUUAUAUGUGGAUGCUGUCGCGGUUGUGGCGAAGCUCCGUUGGCGGACGCUCUGCGGAGUCGAAGAAGGGCAAAAAGCGAGUAACCCGGCUGGUGGUGAUCGUGGUUGCUGCCUUCGCCUCCCUCUGGUGUCCAAUACAGGUUAUUUUGCUGCUGAAAAGUAUCGACGCAUUCGACACGACUUCUCAUUUCAACCUUUCGCUACAAAUCGUAUCCCACGUGUUGGCGUACACGAGUUCCUGUAUCAAUCCGCUGCUGUAUGCGUUUCUGUCGGAGAACUUCCGGAAAGCGUUCCGCAAGAUCGUCUACUGUGGGCCGGGAAGCCGCCGACAGGGUAGCCAGCGUCACAUGCCGUUGCCUACGAAAACGACACGAACCGGCAGCUGUCCGGAUAUUUUAUAA